UGAAGAGUCAUCUCAGAAGAAACAGCUUGAACUUCCCCUAUUCCCAACGAACCCAGCGCCAUGGACACUAGAGGUUCAUUUUCCUGUGGUUUCCUCUUGCUGCUUCUCAUCCAGCUGCAGCCCAGCAGAGCCAACCCCAUCUACAACCUCAGCCCUGCCAAAGAACUGGCCAGCAUGGAGGCUCUUCUGGAGAGACUGGAGGAUAAGUUUGCACUGAUUGAAGCCCUGGAGUCCAAUCCUGACCUGCAAGAGCCUCAAACCCAAGAGGAGAUCCCACCAGAACUCACAGAUGACAGCGAUGAGCAGAAGGCUGAACCCAAGCUAGCAUCCAACACUCCUCUGUCCUACAGGAACCCCUUCCUCAAGAGACUGAGGGGGGUGCAGAUGCCCAGGAUGAUGAGAGAUUCUGGCUGCUUCGGCAGAAGAAUUGAUAGGAUUGGCUCCUUGAGUGGAAUGGGUUGCAAUGGUUCCAGGAAGAAUUAGGACCACUUCCCGACCCGUGCUCUGAAGAAUGCUUCACAGAACCUGAUCCUCCCAAGGCGAAAGCCAGACGCUUCCUAAACUCAUCAACAGAAAGUUAUUCCUAUUUUUAUUUAUUUAUUUAUUUAUUUAUUUGAGCUCUCUGUCUCUCUCUUUUUCUUAAUAACAUUUCUUACUCUAGCACCGUGAGAACAUCUUUAAAUAAAACUAACACGAUAGAUAUCUAUGCUGGACCUCUCUCCUGUCUGUUGCAUUAAAAUUUCUUGUAUUUUCCU